GUCAGUGUCAACGUCAGUGUCAAUGUCAAGUGUCAGUGUCAUGAUGUAGGUAUCUACAUGUGACAGAAGCAAAUAUGGCAUGGAGCCUGGCCUGAUCCGUCGCCAACGUCAGCUAUAUCUAUGGAGCGUAAGGUACAAAUGUGCCUUAAUCAGAUGCUUUUUUUUUUCUUGUUCGUCUGCUUGCUGCAAUUUUCGAUAUCUUCCUGCAAAAAGAUGGAAAAAGGAAGCAGCUUCACCUCGGCAGGCUUGCAUCUAAGCAGCGCUACAGCAGUCAGGGACAGGGGCACCCAGGCAGCACCAUUCCGACAAGGGAAUGGCUUCGUGCGGGGGAAAUUGGCAUCUCCCCAGACAAGCAGCGAUGUAGCCCUCCCCCUCCUGGGCCUCCUCCGAGCUAUUUGUCCUUGUCCGUGUCGUCAAACGGACGCGAAGAGUGCAGAGCCUGGCUUGGGUGCGGUGAGAUUGGCCCAAUCAAGGCAGACAUGACACACGGGUAUUACCUAGAUGGGAUACAUGGAGAGAGGGAUCAUGGUGGUUGCUUGUGGCUGCCGUGCGUUCCUGCAUCUGCCCACCUUGUCCU